AUGGUCUUCGCCACAAGAGGAGCGAAGCAUUUGCAUGGAAAAGAAUACGACGAUCUAAUCGGAGAAAUAGGAAGUGGAAACAUGAAUGGAUACACAGAUGACAUGGCUGAAUAUGUGCGAUUGACCGCACAGGAUGGCGAUGUGGCCCAGGACAACGAUACAGCUCAGCAUCACGAGGUGCAGAACAAUAAUCCACGGGAGACUAAUCUGGACGGUAUGGAUACUUCAGCUGCAGAACCUAUUCAUGGGGCUGGUUCGAGAUCCGCGGAGGGCUCCAACCAUGGCAACGGUGACGAUGAUGACCUGGAUCUGGAGGAACUGGAUCCAUAUACGGAUGAAGAAUCCUAUCCUCAGGGCCACCAAAAAAGGCGGCAAGUUUCUCUCACUCAAGGUCAUCGCCAUCUUUCUAUGCACCGCCAGCAACGUCAAGUCGACGAUGGGACCGUGCUGCAGAAUCCUCAGAGGCAAUUACUCCAAUGUCUUCUCCUAGAAGCUGGUAUUCUCUUCCACAGCAUUUUCAUUGGCAUGGCUCUCAGUGUUGCGACGGGGACAUCCUUCAUAGUCCUUCUUAUUGCCAUUUCUUUCCAUCAAACAUUUGAAGGAUUUGCUCUGGGAUCGCGUAUUGCGUCUCUCAUUCCUGAUCUCUUCUCCCCAUCAUCACCAAAGCCGUGGCUCAUGGCUUGUGCGUACGGUACUACAACACCAAUUGGGCAAGCAAUUGGACUUGUGCUGCAUAAUCUCUAUGAUCCCGCCAGCACCAUGGGCCUCCUGAUGGUUGGUUUCACUAAUGCCGUCAGCAGUGGACUCCUCAUUUUCGCGGGCCUCGUCGAACUAUUAGCGGAGGACUUCCUUAGUGACUCGAGCUACGAGACUCUAAGGGGGAAACGCAGGGUUGAAGCUUGCAUCGCAGUGGCAAGUGGGGCAAUGCUGAUGGCAUUGUUGCAUCUCUCUUCAAGCCUGCAUUCAGUUGAGCCCGGUGUUUGGUUACAGUCUAUUUCCCAAUUGCCAAUUCUUGAGAUUGAUAGAGAUGUCUCAUCUGUAAAGCACAAUUCAAUGUCCUAUGUCUUUUUUC